AUGUCUGCGGCUUCUGAACAGCUCAAGCAACAUCUUGAUGGGGUUGCACCCUAUCUUACCCAAUGGUAUGUUUUGGUACCAUUGGCGUUUUUGAUUAUAUUUAUUGCACAUAAAAUAAAGGUUUAUAACUUUAAAAAGAAGUAUGGAUGUGAAGAUUGCACGAGAUAUACCCAGGGUUUAUUCAUGAUACCAGCUCUUAUUGAUUUAUUGAAGUAUAAGAAGCAAGGUUCAAUGAUUGAUUAUAUUUAUGAGAUUUUCAUUUCUACCGGUAACACUUUCUAUAUCAAGUUGGUGGGGGUUUACGUUCAGUUUACCGUGGACCCCGAAAAUAUUAAGGCAGUUUUGGCUACUCAAUUUAACGAUUUUGCCCUUGGUAGUAGACAUGCUCAUUUUGCUCCAUUAUUAGGAGACGGUAUUUUCACCUUGGACUUUGAAGGUUGGAAAAACUCCAGGGCCAUGUUAAGACCUCAAUUUUCAAGAGAACAGGUUGCUCAUGUUAAGUCUUUGGAACCUCAUAUUCAAAGAUUGGCUAAGCAUAUUCGUAACUCUAAAGGUGAUACCAUAGAUAUGCAGGUUUUAUUCCAUAAGUUAACUAUGGAUACUGCUACUGAAUUUUUAUUUGGUGAAUCUGUUUCAACCUUAUCUGAUGCAUCUAUUGGUGAAGAACCUCCAGUCAAUUUUGAAGGUAGAUUAGAUUUUGCCGAUGCUUUUACUAUUGCUCAAAGUUAUUUAUCGACUCGUGCUUAUUCCCAAUUCUUGUACUUUUUAAUUAAUGGUCCUGAAUUUAGAAAGGCUAAUGCUAGAGUUCAUAAAACCACUCAAUAUUAUAUUCGUGAAGCUUUAAAGACUGAUCCUGAAGAUUUGGAAAAAAAAUCUGCUGGGGGUUAUACCUUUUUAUAUGAAUUGGUUAAACAAACCAGAGAUCCAAAAAUUUUACAAGAUCAAGCUCUUAAUAUCUUAUUGGCUGGUCGUGAUACUACUGCUGGUUUAUUAUCUUUCACUUUACUUGAAUUAUCAAGAAAUAAACGUAUUUUUGAAAAAUUGAAGAAGGAAAUUUAUGAAAAUUUUGGUUCUGGGGAAGAUUCCCGUCUUGAAGAAAUUAGUUUUGAAACUUUGAAAAAAUGUGAAUAUCUUAAGUUUGUUAUUAAUGAAGCUUUGAGAUUAUACCCUUCAGUUCCAGUUAAUUUCAGAGUGGCCACUAGAGACACUACCUUACCUCGUGGUGGUGGUGCUGAUGGUACUAAACCAGUUUAUAUUCCAAAAGGUACGACUGUGGCUUACUCGGUCUAUACCACUCACAGAUUGAAGGAGUACUAUGGUGAAGACGCUCUUGAAUUCAAACCUGAAAGAUGGGCUGAUAUUAAGAGAAUUGGUUGGGCUUAUGUUCCUUUCAAUGGUGGUCCUCGUAUUUGCUUGGGUCAACAAUUUGCUUUAACCGAAGCUUCUUAUGUCAUUACAAGAUUGAUUCAAUUGUUCCCAAACUUGGAAUGUAGGGAUACUGACUACCCACCAAAGAAGAAUGUACAAUUAACCAUGUGUUUACAAAAUGGUUGUCAAGUUUCAAUGUCUUGA